AAUAGAAGUAAAUAAAAAGGAAAAAAAUGACUACAAAGUACAAACAGAGAAAGAAAAGGAAAAACCCACUCAUCUCCCAAAGGCAGUAAAAUAAGUGUGAUCGCCGGCUAAAAGAUGCGCCUCGAUAAUUCCGAUGAAGACAAUUUCGCUGAAUUGAUCUACAUCAGCAGCGACGACGAGUUGGACACCGACAUAGACGCCAUAGAAUCCGACGAUGAAGCCGAAUUCGACAGCAACAAUGCCGCGGCCGGUCUCUUGGACGAGCUCGAAACCGUUCCGCCGCCAGAGCUGUCUUACUCCGUCUUGACAGAAUCCGACAUCCGCCGCCGCAUCGACGACGACAUCAACCAGCUCUCCGCCGUUCUCUGCCUGCCGAAAUCCGAUACAACCCUAAUUCUCCGCCAUUUCGAUUGGGACGCGAGCAAGGUCGAGGACUCGUGGUUCGCAGAUGAAUCCGAAAUCCGCCGGCAAGUCGGCCUCCCGGUGGCAACUCAACAGGUAACAUCUCUUCGACCCGAUCAUCGCACUCUCACAUGCAGUAUCUGUUUCGAAUCGCACCGCUUAUCGUCCUUCAGCUCCGCCCCAUGCGGCCACCAAUUCUGCCGCUGGUGCUGGCGGAAUUACAUCGCGGCGAGCGUCAACGACGGGCCCAGCUCCCUGAAAUUGAAAUGCCCUGAACCUUCCUGCAAAGUUCUCGCAGGCGACGAUCUGAUCAACAAAAUCGCAGACGAAAAGGUGCGGACAAAGUAUUCCAAUUUCGCCCUUAGGUCUUUUGUAGAGAACAGCAGGAGAAGGAAGUGGUGCCCUGCUCCCAACUGCCAACACGCCGUGGAAUUCACGUCCUCGGGGGACCUAAACUACGACGUUUCGUGCCUCUGCUCGCACAGCUUCUGCUGGAACUGCACCGAGGACAAGCACCGCCCUGUGGACUGUGAGACAGUGAAGAACUGGUCACUGAAGAACGCGUCCGAAUCUCAAAACGAGAUGUGGAAGAAAGUGAACACGAAACCAUGCCCGAAAUGCGGUAGGGCGAUCGAGAAGAACAAAGGCUGUAUGCAUAUGACCUGUGCAGCUCCAUGCCGGCACCACUUCUGCUGGGUAUGCCUGGGGCCGUUGGACCGCAGCCACACAGCCUCCUGCAAUGUGUACAAGAAUGAUGGUAGCAAAGAUGGAUUGCAGUCACUGAGGGCAGAAGUGAAGAGGUACCAGCACUACUACGAACGGUGGGCGGAGAACGAGAAGUCGAGGCAGAUUGCGGUGAAAGAUUUGAAGAAUGUGAGGACGAAUGUGGUUUCGGAGAUUGCAGGAGCCCUUGGUUUGAAUGUGAACCAGCUAGAUUUCUUGAUUGAAGCUUGGGAGCAGAUUGUGGAGUGCAGGAGGGUCUUGAAGUGGACUUAUGCGUACGGGUAUUACUUGCCCGUUGGUGAAGCUGCGAAGAAGCAGUUCUUCGAGUACCUGCAAGGGCAGGCCGAGACUUGUUUGGAGAGGCUUCAUGAUUGUGCAGAGAAGGAAAUGAGGAAGUUUGUGCUUGAAGAAAGCUGCAUGCGUGAGUAUGUUGCCUUCCAGAAGAAGCUGAAUGAGCUGACGAAGUUGAGCAAGACGUACUUUGAGAAUUUGGUUCGAGCAUUGGAGAAUGGACUGUCUGAGGUUGAGACCCCUAUUGAAGGGAAGAGACGGAAGAUGGAGAACUGUGAUAAAACCAGUAUGAAUAAGAAGAGACAGAGGAAAGUUGGAUGAAUAACUGGCGUCAUUCCUAUGUAUAAAAAUAAACAAUGAGGGAUUGGUAUGCUUUUUUCCCCCUCAUCGUCUUCGAUUUACUGUUAUCAGGUUACAAAACUAGGGUUUACAUUAUGAUCAAUAAUUCAUGGAUAUAUAAAGCUUCAUGUUUUAUGAAGUGUUCUUUGUUUAGUAUAUGAAAAAUGAACAAUCUUUAUGGGCUACAUGAUGUGGGUUCUUUGAGUGCUUUGCUUGCUUGUUGUUCUGCAACUCGAUCGAGAAGAAUGCUAGAUGUAUUCAAAUCUCAUGCUCCACUCCUUGCAGCUUCGGGUCCAUGGCAGCUAAGGACGCUGCAACCAGUACCAGCAGCUGCCGGAAAAUUCCAAAUUGCCCCAGUCGAGAGCCGAAUUGCAGAGGUAACAGCACUUCCAUGACCAGAACUGCAGCUAAGUAUUACGUCUACUAUGGAUAAGAGUAUGCAGAGCUGAAAAGAUUGGAGUGCGUCUUGCUGGCGAAGGCCAGAAAAUGGGGACCCGUUGGUAGAUUUCUUCAUUUUGGGAUGAAUGAACAGCUAUUUAGAUGUACCUAUGAACACUAGCUAGGCCAUGGCAUUUUCGUUAAUGUUUUUUAAUUAUUAUAUUCGGUGAAAUUCUUUGAUGUUGUUCAGUUACCUUCGUGUAGUAUUUUUUUAACCUGUUUUUGUCGCCAUCAGUUAUCUUACCCGAACGAACCAGCGUUCCUUUAGUUACAAUUCCAUCCAUGAUGACCAGCCAAGCUAAGAAAGUAUUGCUGAGAAU